UGUGUGAUGUUGUUUUCGGUCGAGUCGAGUCCUUGGAUCGGGAUCGGAUGUCUCCGUGCGUGUGCGUAUUUGCGAUUUAAUUUAGCUGCGCGUGAUUGAAUUUCGUCGAAAAUUCGGUAGAAUGCACAGGGGUAGUUUGUCCGCAGCUUUUUAAACGCGCGAGAGUGAGGGAGUGAGUGCUUUGGGUUUCUCACCCCUCGGAACUGCACUCGCAGCGUGCGCAGUGCAAGACCAGUGCCGUAGUGCGGAGUGCGGAAGGAUACACACUUAAUCUGCAGCGAUGGUAGAUUUAUCUUAUUCUUCGUCACCUGCCCACUCUGUCUCUGCCACCGUAACAUCGAUUACCACAUCUAUUGCACGGAAACCUCCGCCUGCCUCUACUUUAACUGCAAUUACAUCUCAUGGCUCAUCCAGCAUGAACGACAAACCUGUUGACAACCCAGCUGGUGUCCAAGAGGACAAGCAUAAGCAGAAAAAGCUUUCAUGGUCCAGACAAGUAUGCUCUGGCUUAAUAGCAGGUGGUGCUGCCGGGGCAGUAGCGAAGACCACAAUUGCUCCAUUAGACAGAGCAAAGAUCUAUUUCCAGAUUCAAAAGACGCCGUACUCCUUGAGUGGAGUAAUGAAGUUUCUGAAGGGAACUUAUUAUAAUGAAGGAGUUUUGGGUUUGUGGAGAGGAAAUAGCGCCACCAUGGCCCGAAUCAUUCCUCAUGGUGCCAUUCAAUUCACAGCUCAUGAACAAUGGGUGGAAAUUCUAGGCUUGAAUGUUUCUUCACCUGAUGAUAACCCAGCAGAAAUUAAUUUUAAGAGAUUUUUAGCAGGGGCCCUGGCAGGUACCACAUCCCAAACUCUGACAUACCCCUUGGAUUUAGCUCGAGCCAGAAUGGCAGUAACCAACAAACAAAAUUACGAUUCACUUAGAGCUGUUUUUCGAGUUAUGUGGCAAAAUGAAAGUGCUUUGGCAUUUUAUCGUGGAUAUCUACCUACAUUGCUUGGAGUCAUACCCUAUGCUGGGUUGAGUUUCUACACUUACCAAACGUUAAAAAAGAACUAUGGAGAUUGGUUGCAAGAUAAGAUGCCAACCCUCUUUGCUAACUGGACCUGUGGUGCUAUUGCUGGAGCUGUUUCUCAGACUGGUUCAUACCCAUUUGAUAUAGUGCGAAGAAGAAUGCAAACAGCUGCAGUUACUGGGGAACAGUACGAUUCCUUUAUAGGGUCUAUGAGAAAAAUAUAUCGGGAAGAAGGUAUUAGGCGAGGAUUUUAUAAGGGCCUAAGUAUGAACUGGAUAAAAGGGCCUUUAGCAGUUGGCAUUAGUUUCGCUUGCAAUGAGUUUGUGCGAGACAAUUUGAGAAAAGUUCUCUAAUAUUUCUAAUCUUCUCCCUUACUGUCUCAGUUUUCUUUCAGUAUGUUAAACAGUACUGAACACUCCCAAUUAUGAGCUUGUUACAAAUAUUUUUGACCAUCUAAUCUGAUGGAGGCAGUUAUGAAUUUGAAUCUUAUGUUUUAAAAACUGCUCCUGUUAAAAGAUGUUUCUUUUUGCCACAUUCCUUUCAUCAGAUUAUAAGUGUUGGCCACUGAAGCUCAUUUCUUCCAGUCUAUUGCCCUCAGUUUUGUUGUGCAGUAUGGUAUUUAUCUCCUUAGUUCCUGUGAUAUGCUGUUGUAUUAUGAUUUCUUCUUACGAGGAGACCAACAAGAUGCAUAUAUAUUGUGUUGUUAUUUUAUUCUACUUGUUCAAUUACAAUGUUUUGCCUUUUUUGAAGCAAUGCCAAUUUUUAUUUUUUUAGAACUGGUUUUGAUGUUGAUUUAUUUUUAAUUGUGACCGAUUGUUAAGCUCAUACUGUUAAUUGAUUGUAUGGAAAAAAUCAUAUUGAACUCGCUGUGCACAAUGGUGCAUAUUGUGCCUAUUUGUGAAUUUUCACAUGUUUUACUGUGCUAGCAUAAUGCUUUUGCAAUGUUCCAAUUUGUUUCCAGUUUUAUUGUGGUCAUCUACUACCAGUGUUAAUUGGUUCUGCACAAAUUUUGGUUCACAUCUACAUCAAUUUACAUGUCGUUAUGAAUUUGAAAUCAUUUUCUUUUUGUGCGUUCCUCUACAAUGUAGUCUAUGUCUAUUUAUUUUGUAAACUAUGAAUGGGAAAGACCCAUUGCUCAAUUCGUCCAGGCAGUGGUUGCUGUGCUAGUUAUAAGAUUGUUACUUCAUUUGUUAUGGCUGUUUAAUUAUAGAGCUUGUCAAAGCAUCAUUUUGUGUUAGACUAUCUUUUGGGCUCUGAGGUAACUUUUGUGUGUGUGGCCUGUUUAUGGUUUUCAAAUUGUGAUAGCCUUCUUAGACAUAGGCAAGCCACAUUGAGAAAUCCCUAUUUAAGUAUACAAUCAGGUUUUGGUGCUGCUUGCACUUUUGCUUGCUCCAAAUAGAGGAAAAAUAAAUAAAAAGUAGUUUGUGUGGUUGAUUGCACAUUACCUUUAAGAAUGUCAUUGAUUUGUCAGGUGUGAAAAGAACUUUCUAUGUUAUAAGAUACUAUAUUCUCAGUAAUUACAAGUGUUCAAGCUUAGUAGACUGAAGAUUCGGGGCCAUAAAAUAGAGUUUUAGAGCAAUUCACUUGAAGUGUGUUUGUGAUGUUAUUUGCUUCAUCUAAAUCUGCAAUCUCAUUUCCUGGGUUAUGGUGUGAUUUCUUAGAAGAGUUGUUAAUUCUGUUUUUUGUUGUUUUGUUUUUCUUCUGAAAGAAAGAAUUGUGAUGUGCCAUAUAAUACUUUUAACAUUUUACAAUGUUGCUUUAAAAACAAAAACAUUUAUUAAAUUUAUUUGUAGGUUUGUGUCUACAUCGACUUGAAAGCUGCUUGCACAAAGAGCAGUCUUCAGAACUGUUCUGUUCUUUGUCAGCAGUUUUCACUAUUUAAUGUAAUCUUAAACUUCCAAUAAGCCCCUUUAAUCAACUUAAUGUGUAUUUUAGCUUUUGGAGAAGUUCAUAUCCUUCAGUAGUGUCAUUUUGGUUUAGAUAAAACAUUAAAUUUUUGGAGGUUUUAUUCUUUACUUGAAACUUACUAGUUUUGAAUCAAAUAAAUGAGAGGAAAAGCAUAUCCAGCAUUCAAACAAGCUAGGAUGCAUAAGACUUAUGCAAAUUUAUUUUAUCGGUGUGUAUAAUCAAGUCAAUUACAAUUAUUACGCUAUAACUGGCUACAUAAAAUAACUGCAAAACUCAUGUUCUGAAGACUUAUGCAGGUAUUUGAAUACAGGAGACUUCUGUAAGGCAAUAAUAUUAUUUGAAGACUUUGAAGUCUUAAGCAGCUUCCUAGAGCUGUGUAAGAUUGUUUGUUUUAUGGUGGUGAUUCCAUGGACUUAUUGUAAAUGUAAUCUACAUUAGAUUUACAUUUUUCAAAGUCACAUGUAUGUUUUGUUUUAAAUCUGAAGUUCUGUUCUUAGCCAUCACUUGUUUCUUAAUGCAUGGUGACAUGUGAACUUGAUUCAUCUUUCGAUUGAAACUGACAUGUUAAAAUUAUAUGACUAUUUCAUAUCUUGUUCUAAAUGUUACUCUUACAAUGGUCUUAAAUUUGACAUCUCUCAUAGUUCUGUAUUUAUUGCUGAUUUUUUUUAAAUCUUAUCCGAAGAGUCAGGACAAAACUACAUUUUUUAGUAUUUUAGUCAGUCUUUUAAACCUAGCACAAAUUUAAAACUUGUCAGGUUUGUUUCAUGGUGGUAAACUGCUGUGUAUGUGCAAUGCUGUGAUGACUUGGACAAUAACAAUAAAAGUAUUCAUAUGUGCAAA